UGCACGACUACAUAAAUCGUACUUUACUUUGAAGCUCACUGGGGUGUCGAAGUUCUGCAAAAAUAUUCCUACGGCGCAUGAAUACAAUUUGUAAAACUCUUUCCGUGGCUUGAUUGCAAAGAAUUGUGGUCUCACACAACGCACUGAAGCAGCCAUUUUGUUGGAAAGUGUUGAACGGGAAGUUUGAUGCUGUAGUGGAGUAGCGCAUUAUUCCGUAAAUAGCGUAAUCCCGUGCCUCUCACGUUAUAUUCUCUCAAAUAAUUUAUCCUUUACGUAGUUAAGGGAAAAUGGGAAGGUCUGGAAGAGAUCGUGACAGAGAUCGUGAUCGUGAUAGAGAUAGAGACAGGAGGCGAGACAGAAGUAGAGAUCGCAGUAGAGACCGCAGUCGUGAUCGCAGCAGGGAUAGAAGCAGAAGUAGGGAUAGAUACAGAGAUGACCGAAGAGGUGGUGGCAGGGGGAAGAGGGGUCAGCCUGGAAGUGGCUUAAGAAAGCCUCAUUGGGAUCUUAGUAGAUUACAGCCAUUUCGCAAAGAUUUCUAUGUCCCUCAUCCAGAUGUGGCAAACAGAUCUAUACAAGAAAUUGAAGAAUAUAGAAGUUCAAAAGAAAUAACCUUGAAAGGGAAAAAUAUUCCUCAUCCUAUUCGUACAUUUGAAGAAGCAGGUUUUCCUGAUUAUGUCCUUAAGGAAAUAAGGAAACAAGGAUUCAAAGAACCUACUGCAAUUCAAGCCCAAGGAUGGCCAAUAGCUUUGAGUGGCAGGGAUAUGGUUGGUAUAGCUCAAACUGGAUCAGGAAAAACAUUAUCUUAUAUUCUUCCUGCAAUUGUCCAUAUUAACAACCAGCCAAGACUACAGCGUGGUGAUGGCCCUAUAGCAUUGGUAUUAGCCCCUACCAGAGAACUGGCACAACAGAUUCAACAAGUAGCCAAUGAUUUUGGUUCAUCAUCACAGAUAAGAAAUACAUGUGUGUUUGGAGGUGCUCCGAAGGGUCCACAGGCUCGUGAUCUUGAAAGGGGUGUAGAAAUAGUGAUUGCCACUCCAGGUCGAUUAAUAGAUUUUUUGGAAAGUGGUAAAACCAAUCUGAAAAGAUGUACAUAUUUGGUUUUGGAUGAGGCAGACAGGAUGUUGGACAUGGGAUUUGAACCUCAAAUUAGGAAGAUAGUGGAGCAAAUUCGGCCUGACAGACAAACUCUAAUGUGGUCUGCGACAUGGCCUAAAGAAGUAAGAAAUUUAGCUGAAGAAUUUUUGAAGGAAUAUACACAGAUCAAUGUGGGAUCAUUACAGCUUUCUGCCAAUCACAAUAUUUUGCAAAUAAUAGAUGUUUGUCAAGAAUACGAGAAAGAACAAAAGCUAAGUACUCUCCUAAAAGAGAUCAUGGCUGAAAAAGAGAACAAGAGCAUUGUAUUUAUUGAGACAAAGCGCCGUGUUGAUGAAAUUACUCGAAAAAUGAGGCGUGAUGGAUGGCCUGCAUCAUGCAUACAUGGAGACAAAUCGCAGCCUGAGAGAGAUUGGGUUUUACAAGAAUUUAGAUCAGGAAAAUCUCCCAUUCUUGUGGCCACAGAUGUAGCUGCCAGGGGUUUAGUGCCUAACACGGUGUUAGUGGUGCGGCUUCAGAAUCAGCCUUUAAUUCUGUGCUUUACCUAUUUUAUUAAAAUUAUUUGUACUGUUACAGAUGUGGAAGAUGUGAAGUUUGUUAUAAACUUUGACUACCCCUCGAGCUCGGAAGAUUAUGUUCAUCGUAUUGGUCGAACAGGCCGUUCACAAAGGACAGGCACUGCAUACACUUUCUUCACUCCUAAUAAUGCUAGGCAGGCACCUGAUCUUGUUGCUGUUCUAAGAGAAGCUAAUCAAGUUAUCAACCCCAAAUUGUAUGAAAUGGCAGAAAUGUCAAAAAGUAUGGGUGGCAGAGGUCGCAAUAGAUGGCGAGGAAGAGGUGGUGGUGGAAGAUUCCGCGAUCGUAGUCGCUCACGCACACGCAGUCGAACCAGAAGCAGGAGUCGCAGCAGAGGUCGAGACAGGAGUCGUAGUAGAAGUCGAGACCGCAACCGUCGUGAUCGCACACGCAGCCGCAGCCCACGUGACAGGCGAGAUGAUCGAUCAGGCAAGUUCGAGAGCCUACAGGACCAGCCGCCUCUGUUGCUCCAGCAGCAGCAGCAGGCAGCGACACAGCAGCAGGGUGCCAUUGGUGGGCCACAGCUUCGGCAGGAGCCAGCUAAUGAUGGACUGCCGCCUCCUCACACUGCAGCUGUUCCUCAACCUCUCCUGUAUUCUAUUUCCCAACCUCAACACGAACCCCAGCUGCACUCUGUCAAUGAGUAUGCCUCUGCCUCUUCUCAGCCUGCUCUUCAAAGAUCUAGCAAUUAUGCCCCACCUUCGCUUCUGUUGUCAUCCAGUCAGAUGACUGCCAGUGGCUAUCCCCCUACUCUUCAUUACUCUUCAAAUUAUUCCAUUCCCCACAACCAUUUGGGGAACGGCAUCUCGUACCAGAGUGUGCAGUGCGAGGCUCCAAAGUCAUUGCUGGCCAAUGGCUAUGGGUUUGCUCACGCGAAUCAUCGGUACAAGGGGGAACGUGACAAUUUUAGUAAAACUCGCACAUGGAGUAAAAAUAUGCCUAGUAGUCCAAAUGAGGCAAAUGGAUUUAAAAAAUCUGUUAAUAAAAACAAACAACCCGGAGAAAAAUUAAAAAAACCUGAGUGGAAUAAUUUACAACCUUUUAUGAAGAACUUCUAUGUUCCUCAUACCAAUGUUAUUGGCAGGACAAUGGAUGAUGUGGCAAAAUACCGGCAGAACAAAUCUAUAACAGUCAAAGGCAAUAAUGUACCUCAUCCCAGCCAGUUCUUUGAAGAAGGAAAUUUUCCAGAUUACAUCAUGCAAGAAAUACUAAAGCAAGGAUUUUCUGAGCCAACUGCUAUUCAGGCUCAGGGAUGGCCUAUUGCAUUAAGUGGAAGAGAUAUGGUGGGAAUUGCACAAACAGGGUCUGGGAAAACUCUUGCUUAUGUGCUGCCAGCUACAGUUCAUAUUAAUCAUCAGCAGAGAUUAGCACGUGGUGAAGGACCCAUUGCACUCAUAUUGGUUCCUACUAGGGAAUUAGCUCAACAAAUUCAGACUGUCGCCAGAGAUUUUGGAGCCUCCUCUCUGAUUCGAAAUACCUGUGUGUUUGGUGGAGCACCAAAAGGGCCACAAGCCAGAGAUCUGGAACGAGGAGUGGAAAUAGUGAUUGCUACACCAGGACGUUUGAUUGACUUCUUAGAAAGAGGAACGACCAAUUUGCGACGUUGCACAUACCUUGUCCUUGACGAGGCUGAUCGUAUGCUGGAUAUGGGUUUUGAGCCACAGAUUCGCAAAAUUAUUGAGCAAAUCAGGCCUGACCGCCAGGUGCUGAUGUGGUCAGCUACAUGGCCAAAAGAAGUGCAAGCUUUAGCUGAAGAUUUUCUUACUGACUAUAUACAAAUUAAUAUUGGAUCUUUAAAUGCUGCCAAUCAUAACAUAAUGCAGAUUGUAGAUGUCUGCCAGGAACAUGAAAAAGAAAUAAAGCUGUCAAAGCUUUUGAGAGAAAUAGCAUCUGAAAGGGGAACAAAGAUGAUAAUUUUUGUAGAAACAAAGAAGAAGGUAGAUGAAAUCUCAAAAGCUAUUCGUAGAGAAGGUUGGCCUGCAAUAAGCAUUCAUGGUGAUAAAUCACAGCCAGAACGUGAUUAUGUUUUGUCAGAGUUUCGUAAUGGAAAGUCACCAAUACUUGUUGCUACUGACGUUGCAGCUCGGGGAUUAGAUAUUGAAGAUGUGAAAUAUGUCAUAAAUUUCGAUUAUCCAAACACUUCUGAAGAUUAUAUUCAUCGAAUUGGUCGUACUGGUCGCUGCAAUUUGAGUGGAACAGCAUACGCUUUCUUCACUCCAAAUAAUGCUCGUCAAGCUAAAGAACUUAUUGGAGUUUUGGAAGAGGCAAAUCAAAUUGUUAAUCCUAAAUUAAUUGAAAUGGCAAACUUGGCAAAGAACAAUAUGGGUGGACGACAUCGAUGGAAUAAUCGUAACAAGGAAAAAAAUAACAAUGGUAAUACUUCAUCUGCAAGAAAUUCCAGCACUCCCAGUAACACCUGGUCUCCUGGACAAACAAAUGGCACUACUAAGUUCCGUCAGCCAGGGUCUGUACCUCGUUAUUCUAAUGGUACCAAUAAUUCAUCUUCUCGGAGCAAUGGAAGCGACAGUUACCGUAAUAAUGGAUACCAGCAAGCCAAUUUUGGGCAACAGAAUGGGUACACUCAUCAAAAUGGUUAUGCCCAACAGAAUGGAUAUCCUCAUCAAAAUGGAUAUGCCCAUCAAAAUGGUUAUUCUCAUCAAAAUGGUUUUGAGAAUAAUUAUAGUCGACCACAAAAUGGAAAUAAUGGAAGAUCAUAUGGAGGACAAGGCCCACGCUAUCAGAAUCAGAGGUUCAGUAACCGUCACCAAGCCAAUGGCACAGGCAACCAGGGUGGGGGUAAUGGAGGUGCUAUGACUGCAGCUCAGUCUCCUCACCAUGGAAUGUAUUCCAUGCCACCACCUUUCAUGAUGGCAUCUAACAAUGAUGCUAACAUGCAGAGCAUUCUGAGCAGCAAGUUCUUCCAGUCCACCCGUCCACCACCCCAUUCCAAUCCUUGUGCUUAUCAAAAUAUGGCAACAAAUGCUUUCUCCCAAUAUCACCAGCCCAUUCCAUAUGCCUAUGGCUAUGGACAACCCACUGCUGUUCAACAGGCUCAACCUAAUAUGCAAUUUGGAAAGCCGAGAAUGGGUGGCAAUUUCAACAAUGAAAAUAGAAGAUUUGGAAUGGGUGAUAACAGAAAUGGCGGUUUCAGGGCUGGUCCAAGAACAAAUGGAACCAAUGACUUUAUUAAAAAUGGUAAAAAGCCAAGUGUGGUGGCUGUAUUGAAUAAGCCACAAUGGGAUUUGACAUCAUUGUCCCCAUUCUCAAAGAAUUUCUAUGUUCCUCAUUCUAAUAUUAUGUCCAGAUCACGUCAGGAAGUGGAUGAUUAUCGUCGGAAUCAACAGAUAACUGUUAAAGGUGCUAACAUGCCUAAUCCAAUUCAGUUUUUUGAAGAAGCAAAUUUUCCUGAUUAUAUUUCAAAUGAAAUAAGGCGCUGUGGUUUUGCUAAUCCAACGUCAAUUCAGGCUCAAGGUUGGCCAAUUGCUCUGAGUGGAAGAGACAUGGUUGGUAUUGCCCAGACAGGAUCAGGAAAAACUCUGGCUUAUAUUCUACCUGCCACAAUACACAUCAAUCAUCAAGAACGCUUAAGGCGAGGGGAGGGACCCAUUGCUCUUAUUUUGGUUCCAACUAGAGAACUUGCUCAGCAGAUUCAAACAGUUGCCAGAGAUUUUGGAUCAUCAUCUUACCUUCGCAAUACUUGUUUAUUUGGCGGUGCUCCUAAGGGGCCCCAAGCUCGAGAUCUGGAAAGAGGGGUUGAGAUUGUCAUAGCAACUCCUGGAAGAUUGAUUGACUUUCUGGAAAGAGGAACAACAAAUUUACGGCGCUGUACUUACUUAGUUUUGGAUGAAGCUGAUCGCAUGCUGGACAUGGGAUUUGAGCCACAAAUCCGCAAAAUUAUUGAACAAAUUAGACCUGAUCGCCAAACUCUUAUGUGGUCUGCCACCUGGCCCAAAGAAGUAAGAAACUUGGCCGAGGAAUUUCUGAGCGACUACAUCCAAGUAAACAUUGGUUCUUUACAAUUGUCAGCUAAUCAUAACAUUCUUCAAAUUGUUGAUGUUUGUCAAGAACAUGAAAAAGAGGGAAAGUUGAGCCUUUUACUGCAAGAUAUAACGGGUGAAGGAGAUAGCAAAACCAUUGUUUUUGUUGGCACAAAACGUAAAGCAGAAUCUAUUGCUAAAAUAAUUCGUAGUUGUGGAUUUGGAGCAGUGUGCAUGCAUGGAGACAAGUCACAACAAGAGAGAGAUUAUGUUCUUAGAGAUGUGGAAGGUAUCAAGUUUGUGAUCAACUUUGACUAUCCUAACUCUUCUGAAGAUUAUAUACAUCGUAUUGGUCGUACUGGGCGAAACCAAGAGCGAGGUACUUCAUAUGCAUUUUUCACACCUGGGAACAGUCGUCAAGCUAGGGAUUUGGUAUCAGUUCUGAGAGAAGCAAAUCAAUCUAUUAAUCCCAAAUUGGAGGAAAUGGCACGUCGUGGUGGCAAUCGAGGUGCUUAUUUUGCUGCUAGCGCUGGAGGAAAGUGGACGAAUGGUCCGUUCAAUAGGAGACCACCUACUGCUAAAACCUUUGGUGGUACUAACAAUUGGGGAGAGGCUAAGAGAUGGACUGGAGCACCUACUACUCACCAAGUUGGCAUGACCAGAAACAGACCCUCUCGAUUUUCAAAUGGUGAUAAUUUCCAGAACAAUCCAAUGCAAAUUAAUACUCAACAAAAUGGAAAUGGAAAUUACCAUUUCAAUCAGACACAGAAUGGCAGCCCUCUAUUUAGUACACCACCACCUGCAAUUACAGGAAACUCUCCCAAUAUGACACAUUUUCUGCAACAACCGCCUCCACCUCCACCUCAGAGAACAGCUCCUCCUCCUCCACCUCCCAACAGUAAUUCUAAUGGUGUGACUAAGACACCGCUGUUAACCCUCAAGGAUACUUGUUCUAUUCAGGGUUUAGCCAUGAUGUCAGGACGAUCUUUCAAUCAACCUGCCUUUCUAAAUGGCACCACUCAUGCACCUGUGCAGGCAGUGCAACUGUAAAAUGCGGAAUGAAAUUUAUUUGUCAUGUGAUCUUUUCUCAUGUCAGUAUUUUUACUUAAAUUGCAUUUUGAAAUAGGGUAAUUCAAAUAUGUUGUUGUAAAUAAUAUUUCAAAAGAUAAAUCAAUAUUUUUUUUUGUUUAUUAUUCUUGAUGUAUGAAUUAAAUUAAGUUGUGUCUAAUAAAGGUAAAGCUAUAUUCUCCCCAUUUGCUGACUUGUUUUGUACCACAAUUGCUUCAUACAUUCCUUAGACAAGGUAUCGGUUAUGUUCUAAUUGUCUGUUGGCUGUAGAGUGAAACAAUCUGCAUUUCAUUUGCCUUUACAUUACUGUGCUGUAAUAAGAAAUAUCUAUUAAAUAUACCAUUUCUGUUUCAUGUGGUUGGUGCAUAUUUUAAUGCUGUAAUAAUACCUCUACCUCCUGUGAGGCCUGUUACACAUAGAUUCACACAAGUAGGCACACAAGCGCUUUUGGUAAUGUGCACUGAAAGAUAGGAAACUUGUUUUACUAGACAUUUAUUGUUGCUUGAGCUGUGCGCCAGUGCUUUUGUUUAUGUGGCAAUAUUGCAUGUUAUGGCCAUUGGAUCACAUGAGAGAUUGUGUUCAUACAUGCAUUAAAUUUUGAAAUAGUUUCCAAUUUAAGAGUUAUCAAUGUAUGCAAUGUGCCAAAUAAAUUACAUUUGUAAAUGGUAAAAA